AGACAAGCUUCCUUCAGGAAAUGGGAUCUGGUUUUUUUAUUAGACCAACUAAAUACUCGUACACAGACUACAUAGAAGAAAAUGUUGGGGACAGUCCAAAGACCAACCAAAGAGUCGGGAAAUAGUCGCGGUGGUGGCCCCCCAUGGAGAGUGCCCACCCCAGGAGUGGACGCAGUUGUGUGGGUGAAUGGGAUCUCUUUUCGUCGACCAACAAAGUAGUUGGCAAAAAUUGUUCUUCGCAAGCGGUGGCACCGGGGUGACGUGCGCCCCCUGAGAGCGCCGGUGCACCCCCUCACAGGCUGCGCGCAGGCGAUGGGGGGGCGGGGAGGGCAGGCGAGAGGGCUGUGAACCCCCCCCAGCCAGCGUGAUCGGUCGCUGGGGGGGCAAGUGCCCCCCGCCCCCACCCGCCCUCGACUCAGGAGGCACCAGGCGCCCAUGUUUGCAGGCUUUUAGGAACAACACCCUUCCUUAGGCAGUGACUCUCACAGGGCAGAAAGCAGAGACUCUCCCUGAAGAAGGGUGUUUGGACCCAAAAGCUUGCAAAGAACAAUUUUUCCAACUAUUUCAUUGGUCUAAUAAAAGCGAUCACAUUCACCCAAACAACCUGGGGUGGAAACUCUCCAGGGGACACACCACGGCUACUGUUUUCCAACCAUUUCAUUGGUCUUUUUACUUUUUCCAACUCUUUAGUUGGUCUAAUAAAAAAAUAUUGUAUUGACCUGAAGAACCUUGUUUGUCCCUGUCCUUAGACCAACAUGGCUACAACCAACAGCCCCAUCGCAUGAGUUUAUACAUACUGAUAUGGCCUAUCACCCGCCACUCCUGCCUUCUUUCUUUUCAGUGUUGCUGAUAGCAGCAGUCAGUCAUCAUUGCCUUCUUGCUCUUUAUUGCUUUCAAAUGCAGUGCAUAGUUCAGAAAUGUGUGUGUAUGUACACAGAUAGAUAUCCAUUUACACACAUGUGGUGAUCCCUCAGGGUCAAGGAUGACCACUCCUACAGGACAGAGAGGAAGAGAAGGAUGUGUAUACAAAUAGGUGGACAUGAUGAUGGUUGAAUGGAGGGGUAGAUGCAUGUGUACAGGGAGGUAGAGAUGGGUGAAUGGUUGGUGGUGUGGAUUUGGGGAUGGAUGGAUGAAUGGAGGGACGUAUCAUAGUAGAGGAAGAGAUAGAUGGUUGGGUACUAUGGAGAUGAAAGGGUUGUCAAUAUGUCCCUUGACGCUGAGAAGGCCGAUCCUAGAGCUGUUGAAAGCUGGGCAAACACCACAGGUGGUGAUUAAAGGGAGGGAUGAACCGUAGAUUUCUCUGCCUGGUUUCCUUUCCUUCCAUUUCUGUCAUUUUUCUUUCCUCAGGGCAAGAUGGUUUUCCUCAAAGUAAGAUGUACCUUCUCUCACAAGGCAUCGCCAUGUUGCCCUGUCCUGGGCUAGUUUUUCCCAACUUGUGAUGUCAAUGCCACAUUUUUUCAUGUUUGCCUUGAGGGUGGCCUUCAAACAUUUCCUCUGGCCCCCGCAUGUUGUUUGUCCUUGGCUGGCUUGGGAGUAGAGCAGUUGUUUUGGUAAAUGUACAUCAGGCCUGCGCACACAGCACUCUCUCUGCUGCAGCUGAUGUUGAAUAAUCAGCGCUUCCAAACUGGUGGUAUUGGUGUCAGUGAGGCUGUUUUCAUUUGUGCAACCAUCCUCCCACUUUAUGCCAAGGAUCUUCCAGAGGUCACCAAGUGAGGCGUGACGUGAACACAGACAGAAAGUCACCAUGGAGGUGGAAGUCUGGCCUACAGCUACCAGGACAAUGAGGCCAGGGGCCCUGGAUGAGUUUACAGUUCCUGAGGUGGCUCAGUUCAUGGUUACAGAGCAGCGGCCCCACAUUGAGCAGCUCUUUGGUGUGGAGCUCAACAUACUAGGAGUGCUGGGGACCAAGCAAAAUGCUGAAGACACCACCCCAGGUGCCAGGAAGAUCUGGCUGCAGCUGAAGGGAUCCAAGGAGAGUCUGCAGAGAGCAAAGGAUUAUAUCAAAGGUCUCUGCACCCCUGAACUGAGUGAGAAAGUCUCCUAUCCAAAGGACAUGCAGUGUGUCUUUUUAGGGGCUCAAGGACUUUUCUUGGGCUGUCUCAUCCAAGGGACCUCAGCCAACCUGUUGCUCCUUAGCGCUGGCUCCCUGUUGGUCUCAGGCUUGGCUGAGGCCGUUGUAAUGGCUCAGAGCCGCAUCCAGGAGUUUGUGAAAAAGUAUCAAAACAAUCCCAAGCUUCCCGAAGAACAGGAAACUACGGUCAAAAGGGCCUUCAGGGAACUGGUAGAGUCCCACAAUGACAAGCAUGCCAUGGACCUGCUUAUUUUGCCCACCCCAGUGAAAGAGGAGCUGCUCAGCCUGGUGCGGGAAACACUGGAGGAAGUCAAACAAGGAGAACAAAAGAAUGGGGGCUGGACCCCACUGGCAUUCAAACAAGACUGGCCACUUGGUGGGAAAGCUGAAACCACAGGUGGUUUUAGGCUUCAGGAUUUGACUAAUACUCAGGACCACUUUGAUUUUCCCAAAGGCCUCAGUAGGCUACAAGACCAGACUAGGCUACAAGACCAGAUUAGCCUACAAGACUCCAGGCUUGAUCUGUCCACCGGAUUUAACCGAACUGAUUUUCCAGUUAGUCUCAGUAGGCCUGAGGAGGAGACCACUCCGAAACCAGUACUUUACAAGAGGUCUUCUCAACCCUUCCUAGGUUGUAAUGCUACCCAGCAGUGUCAGGAAGAUUCAUUGUCCCCUGAGCCCCUGGGCUUAGCAGCAGGCCUGAAGGAAUCCCUAAAGGAAAGGCACCCCAGGGAAACCAUCGAUGAGGAGAAGGAAUUGUCAACUGGUAUCAUGUCAUCAUCAUGGACGGAGAAGGAGUUCAAGAUGAGGCUGAACUUUUUCAAGACCAUGGGCUACAAGGAGCAGGUGGUAAAGAAGGUCCUGAUGGAAGGUGGGGUGCGGGAAGCCCCUUCAAGGAUCUUGGGCAAGGUUGAGAGAGAGCAAGCAUCCUCCUCCCAGCAGGAACAUAAUACCAUACCUCUCCAGGAGCCCAGUGGAAGAGGGGUAUCGCCUCUUCCACAGAUGGAGAUGACCCAAGAUGAGCACGAGUACCUGGUAGAGGUCAUUAAAGCAGCGGCAGCCAAUUGUGGUCACUCACUCAGCGAGAUCCCGGAUGAAAUCCCACGGGGAGCCCCUUUGGCUGAUUUGCUGAGGAAGCUCAAUGAAAAAGAGGACCACUGGGAGGAAGCUGGGGCUGCAGCUGGACCAGGGCACAGAAGCAGCCACAGUGAAAGUGAACCAGCCAUUUCAAAUGGCAAGGACUCUCCCUGGGGUCAGCAUCACUGGCAGCCAGGGAGGAAAGCCCACAACAGAUCUCCUUUCCGCAGUGGUGUCCGUGGCCCUCCUCCUCUCCCAGAUGACUCUGCUUCCCCUACAGAGGUAUCCACUGCUGACAUCCCCAUAUUAGAGAACCAGCCAGCUGAAGACAUUUACCCACGCCCGGCAGAGGCACCUACGGGCCAAGUGCCAAUGGUGACCGGAGCACAGCGGUUCAUGGAGGCUAUCCAGAAACCCUUUAAGCUCAACUUGGCCAACACACCAGGGAAAAAAAACCUUCGUAGGAUCAUUAUUGAUGGCAGCAAUGUGGCCAUGGUGCAUGGCUUGUACCAGUUCUUCUCCUGUCGGGGAAUUGCACUGGCAGUGCAGUAUUUCUGGGAUCGUGGACACCGGGAGGUGACAGUCUUUGUGCCACAGUGGAGGAUGGAAAAGGAUGCCAAGGUGAAAGAACAGCACUUUUUGACCCAGCUCCGGGACCUGAGUCUGCUCUCCCUAACACCCUCACGGCAGGUGGCUGGGAAGCGGAUUGUGUCUUAUGAUGACAGGUUCAUGCUCAAGCUGGCAGAGGAGACCAAUGGGAUCAUCGUCACCAAUGACCAACUCCGGGACUUUGUGCAGGAAUCUAAGAAAUGGAUAGGAAUCAUCAAAGAGAGGCUGCUGCAGUAUACCUUUGUGGGCAACAUCUUUAUGGUUCCAGAUGACCCACUAGGCCGAGGGGGUCCCACCUUGGAUGAAUUCCUGAAAAAAACCCAUAGGUCCAAGCCCGUGAAUUGCCACUCUUUUGCAGGCCGAGGGGCUCCCCUGGCCAAACCUGCCCUCUCGGCCUCUCAGACUGAGGUUCUCCAGCUAAAGGACAGGAAGCCCCCAGGGGGGCUUGCCAGAGAGCAGCAGCAGCAGCAUAGGAGAUGGCAGCAGGAGGAAGGGGAGGAGGAAGAAAUAUCCCGGAAACCAGCAGAAACUGAGCGGCUGAGGCAGCAGCUCCUGGAGAUCUUCACAGGACAGCACCAAAGGGUGGAUUUUAUCCUCCACAAGGAGCCCUGCACCCGAGAUCUCAACAAGCUCUCUGAAGCCCUCCUGAGCCUCAACUUCUGAGAUUGUUGUUCUGGGGAGACAAAUCUAUGCUUCGAGGCCCAAGAGUGCCAUAACCUCCAGUGCCAAAAUCAUGGUUUUUUCUCCAGGUGAGCUGCAGGAUACCAUGUGUGUUUCAGGGGGACUUUCAGUGUUACAUAUCAUGGGCCACUUAAUAAGUUAAAGUACAGUGCUACUGGCUUACAGCAACAACGGCAAACUGUUCUUCCAUAUGGCUGAGCCCACCAGCCUCUCAUCACAGGUCACUGUUUCAGCUUGAACCUAUGACCUUCAAAAUAAGAAAUCAGAGGUAGCUUUGACCAAGUUAGAAGCGAGACUGUUUUAGCCAGUACCCAUUGGUACCCUUCUCUUGGGAUCAGCACUUUACUGAACUCCUGUUAUCAGGGACUGAAUCCAUGACCUUCAGUGCCAAUACCACUGAUUGAGCCGUACCCGGAGCUGCAGGACUAACUGUUGUCUGAUAGCAGGUUGCUGUAUUGUUGCAAGGGCCGUGGCCCAUGAGAAAGAGAAAAAGAAGCCCUCUUGUAAUGUGGGGGAAGCGGGGCUCACAGGGUGAGAGAUCAAGAGGACUGGGAGUGAAGACUUGCAAAUGAGACCAAGAGGACGGGGAAUGAGAAAAAGAGAACAACAACACUAACGAGCCCUCCACAGCUGUCUCUCACCCCGCUCGCUCUAAGAUCAAAUCCAGCAUCUGAGCAAGACUGAACCCAAUAAGCUUGAACCCUUCCCAAGCUCUGCUCUUCUGCACCCUGGAAAACUAACUGCUGGGACUGGGCCUACAAAAUAGAGACAUCUUCCAGCUAUGGGCAAGAAAUUGCUCUAGUAGUUGAAGAGCCCACUUCAACUGGGGUGAGCCACUACGUGUCCCCCUGCAAAAUCAUUGCCUGGUUCAGAGCCCUUAUUCAAAACAUUUGUUGCAGUGACUGGCUGGAUCUUAGGACAAACUGUUGAUGGUCUCCAAACUGGAUAUUCAGGCCUGAGUCAAGGAGAUAGAAAACAAGAAAGCAGGGUUAUCUUCAUCCUGCCUUGUACCUUGGAGCCUUGGUGGGAGGGGAAAGAGAAGCAACCAGCUGGAAAGGAGUGAUUAGAGAAGAUUUGUUUUGUAACACUCCUCAAGAUCCACUGGUGUCCCUUCCGCUUCAUUCACCACUCACCCAUCCCAACAUCUGUUGUGGCCUCCGCUGCACCACCCGAGAAAGGACAACCAAUCUUCCACCAGCAGCUGCAUCAUCUGUUUCAGGGAUUUUCUGGAGCCUCCGUAGGUUGUAAGUUUCUCCUUUGAUCCUUGGCAAAGUCCAUGACACUUUGACUUCAAUUCCUACCUCUGCCUGGUCUGCUGCUGCCUUCCCGUUGGGGGACAGAUUCUGCUUCUGCACCUGCAUCAGUCGUGGAGUGCCUCUAGAAUGAGCCAGAGCAAGAAUGAGACCAGGGUCUGCCCUGAGUGUAUCUGACUCAGGGGUUUGAAAUCUGAAAUCCUGCUGCAGGGGAAGACCUAGCCAGCUCUGUUGGCCAGGACUAUAUCCCAUACAUAGCCCCCUGUAUGGGGCCUUGUCCACCACUGGACGGGGACAAACUGCUGCACAGCUUGUGUUGUACCUCACACACUGACCACCUCUCCCUCGGCAGCCCCAUCGUCCUUCCAGCCAUCCAUGUCUGUAAACCUGGUGUCUCCUCCAAGAUGUUUCUCCAUCCCACCCCACCCCACUUCCUUUACGAUUAUCCCCUUCUUUAGCACCCACCCAACUUCCAUUUUAGAGCCUUUGCCUCUGCUUUGAACCCUAUACUUUCUCUUUGCUAGCUCUUUCUCUUGCUCUUCCCUUAACUCUUGUUCACUAUACCAGCUUUCUUCUAUCUGUCUCCUACCUCUCCUUCAACUGGACCAAAAUCCCACUGAGGGACAGCAUCUUUGCCUGACCUACCUCACUUGCCCUAUGGAGUCUCCAGCUCCUUCAGUAUCCCACUGAAUUCCUUGGUCCUCACCUUCCCUACAAGGUCCUUCCAAGCCUCCUGCCUUAUUAAUGUUAGUAUCCAUGAGCCUCACUCCUCUCUCAAAAUCUUUGAUCUGAAAGACCAAACCAGUUGCUCUUCCAGCUCUCCUUAAUGCUCUCCCUUUUCCCUUCCCAAUCCCUUCCUUGUGUUCAUCUCACUUUACCAGUGGGUCUUUCCCAGGCAUUUACUGAGUCUUACCUACCUUUGUAAAUUGAACUGCGGCAUCUGCACAAAUUAUUUUUAUAGCAAAGGUAAUAAAUAGCAGGGCUGGUGAGACAGAAUCGCAUUUGUUCCUGCCAUACGCUGCCCACUGAUCUCCUCCAGAACCUGCAAACUCCAAAAGGUUGUGGGAGGGAGUUCAGGGCAACUCUUGCUUGCCGCAGUCCUCACUCCCAGCCCUCUUGUUCUCACUGUGUGAUCCCUGCUCCCCUCCUGUAAUGAGAAGGAGGAACCCAGGGAUCCUGGCUCUCAGUCUGCUAUUGCUGACAUCAGAACACCUGUCACAGACUCUUCUACUCCUGGUGGGAGCUGGAGUGUGAGGGGCCUGCAAGCAGCCUAAGCCCCUUGGCACAAGGUCUCCAGCCCAACUCCUUCCUGAUAGGCACUGACUAGCUGGGGCUAGUCAAAUGGAUGGAUGGAUAGAUAGUGGAAGACAUGGCCUUGACCUCACCAUGAUCCGCUGGCUGGGGAAUUGGC